AUGUUACUCUGGCACAACCAACCAGAACAACUGUGGCCCAGCCCAGGGGAGCUGUACCCCUGUUCCACCAGCAAUCUGCUCAGGGAGUCCCUGGCACUGCCUUACCUGAAGCAGGAGGACUCCUCGGGCAUUUCUACCUCGGACAUGCACUGUCCAGUCUUCCAAUAUGUCCUCUGUGCUGUCACCUCUCCUGCUGUCAAGCAACACGAGGAAACACUUACCUACCUGAACCAGGGGCAAUCCUAUGAAGUCCGGAUGCUCUGUAACCCCAAACUGGGAGAUGUUUCCCAGUGGCCUCGCCUGCUGAAGAGUGUGGUACGCGUGGUCUUCCACGACCGACGCCUGCAAUACACCGAACGACAACAGCUGGAAGGCUGGCGGUGGAGCCGUCCAGGGGACAGGAUACUGGAUAUUGAUGUUCCCUUAUCAGUGGGGGUGGUAGAGCCCCAGGUAUUGCCGUCACUCCUCAACACAGUGGAAUUUCUCUGGGAUCCUGCAAAGAAGACAUCUCUCUUCUUGCAGGUUAAUUGCAUCAGUACAGAGUUCACUCCUCGAAAAAAUGGUGGGGAGAAGGGUGUCCCCUUCCGAAUCCAGAUUGACACCUUCAAACCAGGUGACAAGGGGACACCUGUAGAGCAUCUGCAUUCAGCCAGCUGCCUCAUAAAAGUCUUCAAGCCUAAGGGGGCUGACCGGAAGCAGAAAACAGACAAAGAGAAAAUUGAGAAGCAGUCACCACAGGAGAGAGAGAAGUACCAGCCAGCCUAUGAGACCACUGUCUUUACAGAGUGUUCACCAUGGCCUGAAACCUCUACUGGUCUUCAUGCCUCUCCCAGCCCUUCUGGUCUGACUUCUCAUUCUUUCAACCUAGGUGAGGUAAAUCAGCCAGCCCCCAACUCCCAAGGCUUUCCUCCACCUCCCUUUUCUCAGGCUCUCAGCCCUGGAGCUUCUAUCUCGGAGACACAGCAGUGGUUACACCGUCAUCGAUUCUCUGGCUACUGUAGGAUGCUGGCCAACUUCACUGGUGCAGAUUUGCUAAAGCUCUCCCGACAGGACCUCGUCCAGAUCUGUGGGGCUGCUGAUGGGAUCCGUCUCUCCAACACCCUGAAAGCCAGGCCCAUCCGUCCGAGGCUUACCUUGUACGUGUCUCCAGAGGCCCUAAAGCCGGGAAGUGAGACUCCACAGAGGUCUUACCAGCAGGUCUACCUGGAUGAGCUCAGCACCGCUGAACUGACUGGAAAACUGGCUGAACUCCUGUCUCUCCCAGCCAAUCAAAUCCACCGGCUCUUUCGCCAAGGACCUACUGGCAUCCAUGUACUCAUCAGUGACCUGGUAGUCCAAAAUCUGGUGGACGAAUCCUAUUUUGUAGCUGUGGCAAAGAAAGUGCAGAAUCCAGAUGGCUACCACUUGUUUCUGAGUUAGGCUCCCACUAGGGUAGCCAGUCAAGACCAGGAGAAACAAGGCAUCGG